AUGGCGACCGGUUCGUAUGCACCUCUCGAUAAUAAUCCUAUUUCAAGCGAUAUUUGCAGUUCAAGCAGUGAAUUUUAUGAAUCAAGUGAUGAUAGUGUGGUUGAUAAGAAUUUCGUACCAUCAAAUGAUGACGAAAGUUCAGAUACAAGUGAGGAAGGCGACUCACCUGUACCUACUAAAUUAUCAAGAAUAACUGAAACUACACCCGAAAAAACUCCGCAAACUCGUUGGAGACAAAGAAGGGACGAGAACUAUGAACAGGUGAAAAGGAAGAGAAGACGCAAUUUAGGACAAGAGUAUUCAACAGUAAAGAGCAAGAAACUUGUUAAACCUCGAGAAUUGGGUUCACCAUGUAGAUGCCAGAAGAACUGCCGAGACAAGCUCAGUAAUAGCCAUGAAAAUAUCUUCUCAAAAUUCUGGGAUCUAGGUUCCUAUGAUCUUCAGAACAGUUACCUUUUUGGUGCUAUUCGAGUUCUAAAAAAGAAAAGAUCUUACAAGAAAAAACAAAAACGUCAAGAAUCUAGUCGACAGUUUACAGCUCAAUAUAUUGUUAAUGUUGAUGGUAGGGAUGUCAGGGUAUGUAAGGUCGAAUUUAUGAGUGUCCAUGGACUGCAAAAUUGUCGAGGCAGAAUCGACCAUAUUGUCAAAAUGAAGACAACCGGAGCUGUUGUCCCUAUAAAAGACGGACGUGUGAAACAAAGUGCUUACCGUAAAAUAUUUUGCACUGAAUACAAUAUCGGUUUCAAGCUGCCCAAGUCUGACACAUGUAAAAUAUGUGACGAGUCAAAGAUCAAACUUGAUAUUGUCAAAUCAAACAACGAUGACAAAGAGGAACAAAGGCUAACUACCUCCUUGACUUUACACCAAAAUAGAGCUAAAGCAAUGCGAAAUUUGCUGAAAUUAGAGACAGACCGAUCAAAAAGUACAACAAACGUAUGUGUUAUCAGUUUUGACUUACAGCAGGCAAUGCCUAUACCCAAGCUUACAACAGGCCCAGCAUUUUAUUGCAGAAAAGUUUGGCUCUAUAACCUUGGAGUACACGAUUGUACUGCUGAACAGGGUCACAUGUUUUUGUGGACAGAAAAUCAAGCCAAACGUGGAGCGGAUGAAGUUGCUUCUGUACUUUUUAAAUUUCUUAAAGAUAAAAAGGAUGUAGAUCACCUUGUUGUAUUCACGGAUAACUGUCCUGGUCAAAACAAAAAUUGGCAACUUAUGGCAUUUUGGUUGCAGUUAGUUAAAGAGAAAUGGUUUAAAACAAUAACACAUCAUUUUCUUGUUACUGGACAUACCCACUUGCCGUCGGACCGGGACUUCGCGUUGAUUGAAAAACGGCAUAGAAAAUAUGCUCCUGAAGUGUAUUCCCCAGAAGGUUGGCACAAAAUCAUCAAAGAUGCUAACAACAAGAAUCCUUUCAAGGUCACAGUUAUGCAGCAAGAAGAUUUCCUCAAAUUUGAACUAUUGUUGGCCAAUGUUCAAAAGAGUACUCGCAUGAGUAACAAGGAAAAUUUAGACUUCUCUGGUGUAUAUACCUUCCAUUUUAAAACAGAAAAUACAAAAUCUUUUUUUGUUAAGCACUCUGUAAACGGUGAGUAUAACGAAGUGAAUAUUACAAAAAAGGGUAGGCCUGUGAAUACACCCUUAUGUCAGCUGAAAAAUAAGUACAUGGAACCUAUAAAAAUUUCAAAGAAGAAACUUAAAAAUGUACAAUCUCUUUUUCCAUAUAUACCCCCAAUACAUCUACCCUUCUUCAAUGGACUAACCUCCAGAGAAAGUGAUGAAGAAGAUGUUGAAAUCGUAUAG